UCCGUGACUGGAAACUCAUUACUAUAUAUAUACAAUCAUAACAACUCUUACGCAAGAGUGUGCGUCUGUGUGCUUGCGUGAGAGAGAGAGAGAGAGAGAAGAAGAAGAAGAAGAAAGUAGGUGGAGGGGCAGCUAUGGGAGAAGUGGGUGAAGUAUGUGUAAUAGAAGCUGCAAAUCACCACCAAAUUGCAAAACCCACAAAAGAAAAAAGGCAAAUGAUACAACUAAUUCCUGCUACUGCUACUGCUACUGCAACUGUCAUGGCAAGUCCCGACGACAGAGACAUAGAGGCCACCACCAUGUUAGCCAAUUUGGGAGGUUCAAUAAGCCAUGAAACAGAGCACAACAACCCACUUGAAGCCUGGUUACCCAUCACAGAAUCAAGAGAUGGAAAUGCAUUUACCUCUGCAUUUCAUGUACUCUGUUCUGGAAUUGGAGUUCAAGCCCUUCUGCUUCCACUUGCAUUUACUUCUCUCGGAUGGUUAUGGGGUAUAGUGUGCUUGUCAAUGGCAUUUGGUUGGCAGCUGUACACCAUAUGGGUCCUUGUCCAUCUUCAUGAGUCUGUCCCUGGAACUCGCUACAGCAGAUACCUCCACCUAGCCAUUGCAGCCUUUGGUGCAAAAUUAGGGAAAUUGCUAGCCAUAUUUCCAGUUAUGUAUCUAUCAGGGGGCACCUGUGUCAUGUUAAUAAUCACAGGGGCCAAGACUAUGGAGCUGUUCUACAAUACCAUAUGUGGGGAUGGCCUGACAUGCAUUGCAAGGACACCAAGUGGCGCAGAAUGGUUCUUAGUUUUCACAUUCCUAGCCAUUUUUGUAGCCCAGUUCUUUCCUAACUUGAAUUCCAUUGCUGGGGUCUCACUGAUCGGAGCAAUCACAGCUGUCGGAUACUGUACUUUGCUAUGGGCUUUGUCCAUCUCCUUGGACAGGCCCGAUGGUGCAUCUCAUGACCCGUCUAAGGCGGCAUCAUCAGAGACAGCUAGAACUCGCAGUGUCUUGACUGCACUUGGGAUCAUAGCUCUUGCUUUCAGAGGUCACAAUCUUGUGCUUGAAAUACAGGGGACAAUGCCUUCAAGUUCAAAACAUCCAUCGCGCGAGCCAAUGUGGAGAGGGGUGACAAUGUCAUAUAUACUAAUCUCAAUGUGUUUAUUUCCCCUUGCAAUUGGUGGAUAUUGGGCUUAUGGUAAUUCGAUACCUGCUGAUGGAGGAAUGUUGAUCACAUUCUCGAAGUUCCACGGGCAAAGCACAUCGAAGUUUGUGGUCGGCUUAAUUUACCUACUGGUACUGAUAAAUUGCUUGUGUUCAUUCCAAAUCUACGCCAUGCCGGUUUUCGACAACUUGGAAUUCCAGUACACAAUCAAGCAGGAGACGCGAUGCCCCAGGUUGCUCCGGUUCGGGAUCCGAGUCUUCUUUGGAGGAUUGGCAUACUUCAUAGCAAUGGCUUUCCCUUUCUUACCGAGCCUGGCAGCACUUAUUGGAGGAAUCACAUUGCCUCUGACUUAUGCUUAUCCCUGUUUCAUGUGGAUCACGAUCAAGAAGCCGAGGCCAAAUAGUGCAAUGUGGUGGUCUAAUUUGUGCCUAGGUUGCUUAGGAAUUGUGUUAAGUGUUUUGUUGAUAACAGCAGCAGUGUCGAAUAGGCCAGGCUACAUACUUCUUUUGCUUGAAGUUUUAGAUGAACAAUUAAAUAGCAGUUGA